CUUUUUGCUUCCUUUCUUCACCCUCCUCUAGAACUCAUACCCACCCUUUUCUCCUUUUCCUGAACUCAGUCUCAUCUGGUCUCCAAGGACAUACAACAUCCAAUCUCAAGUCUCACUGAUCUCUCAUUCUUGUAGGAGCUUAGACUAUGGAUAAGGCCGGAGAAGCUGAUUUGGAUGAUUUGGAAACGGUGGAAUAUCUGGAGGAUAUGGAGGAUAUGGAGGAUAUAGAGGCUAUGAAAGCCAUCGAAGCUUACGAAUCUGCUCCACCCUACCCAGGCCUUCCAGCAGAUUACAUGGGAAAGGAAAACCCAGGAUACAAUUCACCUCCAUAUCCAAACAUUAAUAUGGCAUACACCUCAUACCCAGAGCCGGGAGUUAAUCCAAACUUUCAGGGAGCUCCCAAUCAAGGGAUGUAUCCUCAAAUGAACAGUCCAAACCCUGGGAUGUAUCCUCAAGCUAACCGUCCAAACCCAGGGAUGUAUCCUCAAACUACCACCGUAUCAACCACAGUGAUGCUUCCCAGUCUGCGUGAUUUACCCGCUCAGACCAUGUGCCCUCACUGUAAGCACCAGGUGAUCACCAUAACAGAUCACUACUCUGGACUCAUGGCCUGGAUGGCCUGUGGCUGUCUUGCCCUCAUCGGGUGCUGGCCAUGCUGUCUAGCACCUUUCUGGAUGGAUUCAUGUAAAGAUGUUGAGCACCGCUGCCCAAACUGCAACAAGAUCUUGUCUUUCUACAAGCGCCUGUGAUCUGGAUUCAAACAUGUCCCUCUUAAGCUCUGGUAUAAGACAAAAGGAAAGUGUCUAUGCAACAUUACAUUCUAACACGGCAGGUGAUUUCAAGUAAUUUCCCACAAAUAAUUAUCACUUAACCACAUGCAACUAUUACGACUCGUGUAGUAAGACUAUGGUAAGUGUUUACAUUGUAUGUAAUAUUUAUUACUGUAUGAAAUAGAAUAUUUAAUAACUGUUUUAAAGCUUUACGUUCAGCUUCUUUCAGAGCUCUGCCUGUAAAUGUAGAUCACAGUCUUGUACUGACUUAAUAUUUUAAUGUAACUUUUAAAGUAAACUGAAGUUAACUAACGCAGCUUUGAUGUCAGUCUGAUGUUAAUGUUAAUAAAUGUGGAACAUUUACAAGCUCAUAAUGUAAAACUGUUUUGCAAUGGCACCCAGUUCUCUUCACCUCUUAGCGUCAACAUUUCAUUAAUGAAGGGUUACAGGGUUAACAACUGUUAUUUUCAUUACGUGAUGCUUGAUAGAUGGUUCAAAGAAAUUAAACUAAAUAUAGUUAAGUAAACUGUUCCUAGAAUGAAUUAGUGAACCUUAUUGACAUGUUCCUAUGGCUCAGUGGUGAAGUGCAUUUUAUUAGCAGCAAAAAAGGUUGUGGGUUCAAUUCCCAGGGAAAAAAAACACUUACUGGUAAAAAAUUCUGAUUGCACUGUAAGUCGCUUUGGAUAAAAGCGUCUGCUAAAUGCAAAAAUGUAUUGAAGUUAUCAGCCCAGCAGUCAUUUUGAUUCUGACCAAUUAUCUGUUGUUCAGUUUCCUGUAAUUUAGACUCUUUUCCCCAGAGAGAGUUACAGGGCAGCUUUAAUGAUUCAUUUGAUCACAUUCACAUUAUACAUUCUUAAUGUACUUUCACACAGAAAUUAAUGAAUGUUUCUUGAUUUCAAGAGGCUGAAAUGCUUUGUAAAUUGUUUUAAUUAUUGAUUUAUUUAUUUUUUUGUGAAAUUGUGGAACUACUGUUAACUUGAAUCUAAUUUGUACAUUUUAUUCUGUUAAUCCUACAACCAGCGAGAAUCAUUUAUCAGCAGUGUAGUAUCUAAAAAAUGUUUAGAUUCUAUAUUAAAAUAUAUAUAUUUUACAACUGUGUGUCUGCAAUCUGUACAAGAACCAAUAGAGGGCAUAAUAAACUACUG